AUGAUCCUUGAUUUGAUUAAAGCGGCAUUGCCUGAAGGUGAGACACUUCCAAACACCUACUACGAGGCUAAGAAAUUAUUGAGGAACCUUGGACUUGGUUAUACAGUAAUUCAUGCAUGCAGAUACGAUUGUGCACUUUUUUGGAAGGAAAAUGAGAAUCUUGAAAAGUGUCUCAAGUGUAAUGAGCCAAGGUAUAAAGUCGUCGAGGGAAAAGGAAAGAAGAUACCUCAGAAAGUACUGCGUUAUUUUCCACUCAAGCCAAGGCUGCAGAGAUUGUUCAUGUCAAGGAUGACUGCUAAAGAUAUGAAAUAUUGGAAAAAAAAACAGAAAGCAGAGAAAAAUGUUUUUAGGCAUCCAGCAGAUUCUAAAAUUUGGCAAGAGCUCGACGAGAAACAUAAGUGGUUUGCCAAAGAUUCACGUAAUGUCCGUCUUGGCAUUGCAAGCGAUGGGUUUAUUCCAUCUAAUGACCUCAAUGGAAAACCACACAGUAUUUGGCCUGUAAUUGUUGUUCCGAAUAAUUUGUCACCUUGGAGAUGCAUGAAAGAGCCUUUCAUAUUUUUGACUCUACUAAUACCAGGACCUAACACUCCCGAAAAUGAUAUCGACGUUUAUCUGAGGCUGCUGAUAGAUGAAUUAAAAGAGUUAUGGGAAAUUGGUGUGCAGACUUUUGAUGCAGAUUCAAAGGAAGUAUUUCAGCUUCAUGCUGCGUUGUUAUGGACGAUCAAUGAUUUUCCUGCUUAUGGAAACUUAUCUGGAUGGAGUACUCAUGGAGUGGACGGAACAUAUGUUACAUGGGUCAUCGACGUUUUUUGCGUCAAACUCAUGCUUGGAGAGACAGGGGCAAACAUUUAUUUGAUGGAAAAGCCGAAAAAAAAGCCAAAGCCAAAGGAGUUGUCUGGAGAUGAUGUGUUAUUACAACUAGAAGUCGUCGAGAAGCAAGAUUUUGGGAAGGCACCGAACACCAAAAAGAGGAAACGGUAUGAUUUUGAGUUAAAUUGGACAAAAAAGAGUAUUUUUUUCGAAUUACCAUAUUGGAAGAUUAAUAAAUUGCGGCACAACGUUGAUGUUAUGCACGUGGAGAAAAAUAUUUGUGAUAGUGUUGUUGGAACGCUGAUGGACAUAGAGAAGAAAACUAAAGACACCAUAAGAUCUAGAGCAUACCUGGAAAGAUUUGGUUUGAAGGAGCUGCAUCUAACUAAGAGAGGUAACAGGUUAAUUAAGCCACCUGCAUCUUAUACUUUAUCGGUUCCAGAGAGAAAAAUAUUAUGCGAGUGGUUGAAGUCGGUGAAGUUUCCUGACGGCUAUGCCUCAAACAUUGCUCGGUGUGUAAAGGAAAAAGAUGGUAAGAUAUCCGGAAUGAAGAGCCAUGAUUGUCAUGUAUUUUUACAACGGAUUCUUCCUGUUGCACUACGUGGUUUCCUGCCGAAAAAUAUAUCUAGUGCAUUAGUUGAGCUUGGUGUUUUUUUAAGGAAUUGUGUUCGAAGACACUAA